AUGGCUGCUCUCGCAAAGCGUGAAUUCGCCGAACUUGCCCUCGAUGGAAGUAACUUCCUUACUUGGGUACUUGAUGUUGAGAUUCAUCUCACAUCUACUGAUCUGCAAGAUGCAAUAAAAGAAAAGUCUACGUGCACUACAACCCAGAAGGCAAAAUCAUUUAUUUUUCUCCGUCAUCACCUCAACCGUAAUCUAAAAAAUGAGUACCUGAUUGAAAAAGACCCUUAUGCCCUCUGGAAAUCUCUGAAAUCUCGUUUUGACCAACAAACAUCAUUGGUCUUACCCCAGGCCCAAUAUGAUUGGCUCAAUCUCCGAUUCCAGGACUUUAAGUCCGUGACUGAAUACAACUCUGCUUUACACAAAAUAGUGUCACAACUUAAACUCUGUAAGCAGAAUGUCUCGGAUGAGGAUUUGAUUGAAAAAACUUUGUCCACAUUCCAUGCAAACAACCUUGUGCUCCAGCAGCAGUAUAGGGCUUAG